CAGGGGGGCAGCCGGGAGAGCGGAGCCCCCACUCGCCACCGCCUCCGGGUCUGGGUCAGCCGCCACCCCCUGGCAGUGACCCCGCCCCGGCCCGCCGGGCCCGGCAGUCCGUUCGCAAUAAGGUCCCGCUGGGAAACAGUGUCCUGCCCGUGCGCCCCCAGCCUUGCGCCCCCGCUUCGAUGAGAAGAAAGGGAGCUGCGCCGUCUCGGGUUACAGGGUACGAGCGGGCCGCCGCCGCCGCCGCUUCCUCCGGGUCCGCAGUUCGAGCCCCUAAGCGAAGACCUUCAGUGGAUAGCGAGGCGGCAGGGGGGAGCUGGGCCGUGCCGGUUUAAAGCACUUGGGCGGAGGCGGAGAGUUUUCCCGGAACCUGUGUGGAAGCUCGCGGAGGCGGGGGGGACGCUUUUCCGUGUAGCAGGACGCGGAAGCGGUUCGGUGCGGAGCGGCUGAGAGCGCCCAGCGGAGAGCUACGGGACCCAGCGCAGCGGCACCGCCGCCUCUCCCGGCACCGCCGCCUCUCCCGGCACCGCCGUCUCUCCCGGAACCGCCGCCAUCGCCAUGUCCUCCGACUUCGAGAGCUACGAGCAAGACUUCGCGGUGCUGACGGCCGAGAUCACGGGCAGGAUCGGGAAGGUGCCCAAGCUGGUAGGAGAUGAGAAGCAGCAGAUGGUUGCAAAUGUUGAGAAACAGCUCGAAGAAGCAAGGGAACUGCUUGAGCAGAUGGAACUUGAAGUUCGAGAGAUCCCACCUCAAAGCCGAGGGAUGUACAGCAGUCGAAUGAGAAGCUACAAGCAAGAAAUGGGAAAACUUGAAGCUGAUUUUAAAAGGUCACGGAUCGCCUACAGUGAUGAGGUGCGGAAUGAGCUCCUAGGGGAUGACGGGAAUUCCUCAGAGAACCAGUUGAUAAAAUUACGUGAAGAGAGGGCACAUCUGCUCGAUAACACAGAGAGGCUGGAAAGGUCAUCUCGGAGACUAGAGGCUGGAUACCAAAUAGCAGUGGAAACUGAGCAGAUUGGACAGGAGAUGCUGGAAAAUCUCAGCCAUGACAGAGAGAAGAUCCAGCGUGCUCGGGAAAGGCUUAGAGAAGCAGAUGCAAACCUUGGGAAGAGUUCCAGGAUUUUGACAGGAAUGUUGCGAAGGAUCAUCCAAAACCGGAUUUUGAUCGUUAUUCUGGCAGUCAUCAUCAUCUUCACCACCAUAAUGGCUAUUUUUUUUUCUGUCAAAGGACGCUGAUAUCUUUGCUCUUCACUAAACAGCAACAAACUGCUUGUUCUGAGUAAUUAAGACAAAGUGUUCACAUGAAUCAUUCUCUUGCACUGACAGAGUCUCCUUCUCUUUUCCACUCUUCAACUCAGGUGCAAGUGGUGUAAAAUAUUGUUGAUGGCGUAGUUGAUGGCAUGUGGGGUUGAUUAUUUUUUCUUACAUUUUUUGUCUUUAUCUGAGUGUUUUCAGAAUCUUAAUAUUUGUUGGGGUGAGGACUUGUUCCAGUAUAAAAAGGUUUAACUUGUCAAAUUCUCUCCCAGACAAUUAACCUAUAAGUUACCAGAAUUUAGUGAGGGAACAUGAGGUCUUUGCACUUCUCCUGUGCUGUGCAGGGUGUAUGAAUACCAAGCAGUAUCUGACCUUCUGUGAUAGAGAAUAUAAGUACAGCCAAGACCAAAUGAUGUAGAAAGUGAACCUGUCUGCUGUAACUAACCCCAAAUCAUGAAUUAUCAUUAAUAGAUGUAAGCCAGUUAAGAACAGUAGUUAGUUUUAAGAGAGACCAACCUUAGGAUGAUGUUUAAUUUAUCUGAUGUGAAUCCAACACUCUGGUUAAUGAAUUUUUUUUAAAUUACCUUUUCUUUGCUGCUUAUUGAAAACACUUCCACUUUCAUCUAGAUCAUGAUAAUACAUCACUGACCCAAAAUGUAGCUGUGACCACAGUCUACCUGUUGAAUCUGUUUUAUCUUCCCAAGGUGAUACAUGUACUGAUAAGUAUACACACUAGGCCCUUAUUGAAGAUGUAUAAAGAUACUUAUCUAUUAAUUGCUGAUUGAAAAGAGAUCCUAAGUAAUGGUUCAGUGACAAAAAUGUGAUUACAGUGCAUAGAACAAAAAUUUAGAUUUUUAAUAUUGGCCUGACUAUGUUAAGUUGCAUGUUGGAAAUAUUUUUGGUGCAUUAAAUUCUAAUAUGAUAUUCCCCUUUUGAAACAGAAACUGUAAAAAUGUUAAUUUAUACAUGCUUUUUGCUGAUAUAAUAUAUCAUAGUUUCAUCUA